AUGGCGGCAACCGAGCAGCAGGAAUGGCCAAAUCGAGCGCCCGUCUUCCUUGUUCCCUCAACUAUCUUGUGUAUAUUGAGUACCGCGGUACUCGUAUGGCGACUAGUGUAUAGUAUCAGGGCUAAGCGGAAGCUUGUACUACACGAUUACCUUCUCAUCAUCGCAGCAAUGAUAAACGUCGCAACGUCGAUAAUCCGCUUCAAAACAUGUCAGCAUGGUCUGGGUCGUCAUAUUCGGGAUCCUAGCAUCAGGAUGCCCUACGACAUCCUGGACUAUAGCUACUACCUAUGGAUCACACAGAUCCUAAACCUUAUUGCUGUCGCAACGCUAAAGUACUCGAUUUGUGGCUACCUUCUAGCCCUGAAAUUCUCGAGAGUGUACCUUGCGGUGGUGUGGGCUUCGAUCCUGAUGGUCACUACAUUCAAUCUGCUGUUGCCCAUCAUGGGCUGCUUUUGCAGUACACCAUUUGAAGCAAAUUGGAAUAAAUCCAUUAAAGGGAAGUGCUUCAUAAAGACCAGCUCGCCUCUUACUUACAGUCAGGGAGUAGCCAACUGUGUAACUGAUGUGAUAUACGUCGUUGCACCAAUCAUAUACUUGUCCACAAUUCAGUUACCAAGGCGUACGCAAUGGGGUCUGCGCAUCGUCUUCUGUCUUGGCCUAAUCGCAACCGCUUGUUCAGUCGCAAAGACCGUCGAACUUUCCGCACUGAUGAAGACAGCCGAUCCGACAUGGGAUGGUGUGAACCUCGCCAUCUGGUCCGCAUCGGAGCUCUCGGUCGGUAUACUUGUCGCGUCACUACCUGCACUCCGAAAGCAAUUUGACAGAUUCUUUCGUCGCAUACUCUCGUCGACUUUUCUGGGAAUGGGGUCUAAGACGGGCCGGCCAACAGGAGGCCGUUCGCGUUGUCAGAGAGACGAGCUCGAUGACGGAGAUAGUGAGAAGUGCAUACUCGACGACCCUGAGCAGCCUGAAAAGAGCAAGAUAACGAGAACGAUUGUGCAUGAGAUGCGUAAUCGGGUACACAAUAUGUACGGCUAG